AUGAACGACCAGGCGACGACGCAUCUGUCCGCCUCCACCGCCACGCCCUCGUCCUCGCUCUCGGCCACCUCGACAGCCAUGACCACGGCGACGACGUACGAUGACACCCCGCCCGCUGCCUCGACGUCCUCUGCCCACGCCGCCACGCAUGCCCACCCCAGCUUGACCGUCCUGGAACUCGUGUCCAACAGCGCGUCGGCGUCGGCGCUGCCGGGGAGCUUCGACUUUAAUGUGAGCCGCAAGGGCCACUUUGUCGCCGUCUACUCGGCCUCGAACAUCUGGCUCAUCAAGACGGUGCAGCUGCCCCGGCUGUGGGCGCGCACCCUCUCCGUCAAGCGCAAGCCCGUGGCCAUGGACAUCACCGACGACGGCUUCCUGCUGGCGGUGCUGUCCCGGCCCAGCCAGGUCGAUUUGUACGAGAUCCGCGACGAGCAGGACAGACAGGUCAGGAAGAGGCGGACCAUCAUGCUGGUGCACGAGACGAGCAGCAUUGUCAUUUCGCCCGACGCGCGCAUCCUGAUCACGGGGAACAAGUUCGGCAUUGAGGUCGUGGCCAUUGGGCCUGAUGUGCCCGAGACGGCGAGACGCACCCUGUCUGGCCCUGCGGGGGACGCGCUGGAAUUCUCCGAUGAUGGACGCACGCUGCUCAUCACGGGCUAUGCGCGCAAGUCGGACAGCUCGGCGCUGUUUGUGCUGCCUGGCCUGUAUGAUGGGCCGCUGAACGACGAGGGCGAGCCGUCUCCUCAGCCGCCCGAGACGGUCUGGACGGGCUCGAUGCUGUUCCCUGAGACGGCUAAGAUUGCGCGACAGGCGACGCUGUUGCCGGAUGCGGACACGGGGACCUGCAAUGAGCUGUUUGCCUUCAACGCCGAGGAGGACUCGUGGGGCAUAUACGACAUUGCGUGCCAGCGCUUUACGCAGAGGAAGAUGUUUCUGCCAGACCACCAGCGCUGGACACGCUCUGAGUUUGUUGAUGAUGCUAUGCCGGCUGUGUCUCCCAACGCUGAUAUGGCGGCUGUGGCGCUGCGCAUGCGUGGCACUACCAACAUCUGGAUCUACGAAGUCCCGGGCUGGGAGCACAAACCGAAUGAGAAGAUAAAGGAGCAGUCGCCCAUUCAGCCCUGCUUUUGCAUCCCUGUCCCCAGCAACGGGGCAGACGCGAAAGAGAUCUGUGUGCUGCGCUGGGUGAAGAUAAGUUCCACCAUGCAGCGCCUGGUCGCUGUUGGGAACUCCAGCAUCGUUGCCCAAGAAGACGAUGUACCUGGCAUUCCGCUGGGUUCAAAAGGUGUGAUCGUCAUGCUGGACUUUGAUAAAACGAGACCAGUGGGGAGCCCGGCACCCAUGGCAACAAAAACAGAGUACGAUCUCGACCCCCUGUGUCCCGGCGAACCCCUCCCGGAAGGCUCCAUCGACUUCGACCGCGAAGUAGAACUCGUCCGGAGCCGCACCGUCGCCGCGCGGCGCGCCCAAGACCAAGCAAACAACACACGUCGACCCUCUCGAACCGGUCCCUCCCCCGUAAACCGCGCACGCACAACCGCAAACCGCCCCCCACCCCGAUCACCCAGCAUCGGAGACGAAAGCGACAUGACACUAACCCUAGAGGAAGCGCAAGCCGUCUUCGAAACACCCUACGACAACCAACAACCACGCUCCCAAGUCUCCCUCGCCCGAGCAGCAACCGUCGCCGCCGUCUCCCCAGCCAACCGCCGCCACCUGCGCGCCCUCCCCUUCAGACCCCUCGAGUACCGGCGCGCAGACGGCGCGCGAGAAAUCCCGCAUGAAAGCGACGCGGAUAAUUGGGUCCCGCCGCCCCCCGCUUACACCACGACCGCAGAAGCAAGCGAGAGCGUGAGCCUUAGUCAUCCCGUCGCGCCGCCCGUCCCCGCUCUC